GGAGUCGCCUUCGACUGUCGUCCCUGCGCCGCAGCCCGCCCGCAGCCCCAGCCCGAGUCCUGCGCUUUCCCCUUGGGCUCCCCGGCGCGGACUUGCGUGUAGGACCCGUGCCCUGUGGUUUCGGUUACUGGGCACCAGGAGCCCCCGGCCCCCGGGCUGUGCGGGGGCAGCAUGCUUGCCCCUGAGGGAGCAGUGAUGGCUAUUUGGGGCCCGUUUUCUCCUAGGAGCUUUGCGUAAUGGGGGAAACUGAGGCACGGGGUUCUCUGGCUUGUGACUGAAGUGCUGACACAGCAGCCUCCAUACUUGCCUUAUGGGUUCUUGAAGGUUCAGGGUUGUGCCUGUGAUAUUAUUAAAGACAAAAAAAGUAGUUAGACUAACCCCAUGUUACACCUCUCCAUCUCCCCCUCCCCAAAUAUAUAUUUUUUCCCAUAGAGGAAAAAGUGAGUUUGUCCUGCGACAUAAAAGAUGACCUUUUAAUCUAAGAAAGUCAUCUGUCCUGGUUCCCUUACUUGGAGUACCCUGUUUUCAGCUCAUUUUCAUGCUAGGGUAAACUAGAUUCUCACGCUCUUGCACCCCUGUAGUAACUUUGAAGAGUCUGUACUUUCCUCAAUCAGUGGUUAUCAAACUUUCCCCAUCCGUGGGGAGCCUAUUGGCAGUAAAAGAUACUUGGAUUACCCAAUAUAACAUUGCUUUUCUCUCACAAACACUCCCUAAAACUUCUCUUACGUUAAUAGAGAAUUCUUUUAAUGUAACAGCAAUCAAAUGAUUUAGAAACAUGGUAUUGUUGAUAUUAGGCCAAAAAAAUGCAUCCUUUGUAAAUGACAAUAGCCUGGUUCUUUAAAUGACUGCAUUUCUGCCGAAAGGGAAAAAAGCUUUGCACAGACUCCUAGGUAUUUACAUAAAUACGGUGAUUCCCGAGAAUUGAUGUGGGCUGGACCUAUUGCACGGGAUGGCUCUUUUAAUACUGCACUAUAGAAUAGUCUUAAGUGUUUUCUCCUGGAGCCCGACUUUGUUUCAUUCCUGGGACAACUAACUGUGUUGUGUGGACAUUCUGAAGGGGAAAGAUACAUUUGUUUUAAAAAUUUGAAACUUGCAGCCUGUAAUUUGUUUCUGGAUGUACAGAGCAUGAUGGCGUCCGAGGUAGCUGGUGUGGCCAAUGCCCCCAAUCCUCCGGAAUCCUCUUCUAGUUUAUGUGCUUCCAAAUCAGAUGACGGUCUCCUAGAUGGUCUAAGCCCCACAGACCCUGCACAGAAGCACAAGAACUCGCCUCUGUCGAGUGUAAGUAGCCAAACGAUAACCAAGGAGAAUAACAGAAAUGCCCAUUUGGAACAACCAGAGCAGAAUCCUGGUUCGUCAGCAGGUGACACCUCAGCAGCACACCAGGCGGUGUUAGGAGAAAACUUGAUAGCCACAGACCUUUGUCUUUCUGGCGGUGGGGCUCAGUCUGAUUUGAAGGACGUGGCCAACACAGCAGGAGAGGAGGGGGACACAUGCCUCCGGGAGAGCCUCCAUCCUGUCGCUCGGCCUGUUAAGGCAGGGUGCCAUACAAAGCAGCUUGCCUCCGGGAAUUGUUCUGAAGAGAAGUCCCCACCAGCCUCCAUCCUAAAGGAAGGGAGCAGGGACACAGGCUUGGAUUUCCGACCUGUAGUACCUCCAGCAAAUGGGGUUGAAGGAGUCAGAGUGGAUCAGGAUGGUGAUCAGGAUAGCUCUUCCCUGAAGCUUUCUCAGAACAUUGCUGUACAGACUGACUUUAAGACGGCUGAUUCACAGGUAAACACAGAUCAAGAUAUUGAAAAGAAUCUGGAUAAAAUGAUGACAGAGAGAACCCUGUUGAAGGAGCGUUACCAGGAGGUCCUAGACAAGCAGAGGCAAGUGGAGAAUCAGCUCCAGGUGCAAUUAAAGCAACUUCAACAAAGGAGAGAAGAAGAAAUGAAGAAUCACCAGGAGAUACUGAAGGCUAUUCAGGAUGUAACGAUAAAGCGAGAAGAAACAAAGAAGAAGAUAGAGAAAGAAAAGAAGGAGUUUUUGCAGAAGGAGCAGGAUCUGAAAGCUGAAAUUGAGAAACUUUGUGAGAAGGGCAGAAGAGAGGUGUGGGAAAUGGAAUUGGAUAGACUCAAGAAUCAGGAUGGCGAAAUAAAUCAGAACAUUAUGGAAGAGACAGAACGGGCCUGGAAGGCGGAGAUCUUAUCACUAGAGAGUCGGAAAGAGUUACUGGUAUUGAAGCUGGAAGAAGCCGAAAAAGAGGCAGAGCUGCACCUUACUUACCUCAAGUCAACUCCCCCAACACUAGACACAGUUCGUUCCAAACAGGAGUGGGAGACAAGGCUAAGUGGAGUUCGGAUGAUGAAAAAGAAUGUUCGGGACCAGUUUAACAGUCACAUCCAGCUCGUGAGGAACGGUGCCAAGCUGAGCAGCCUUCCUCAGAUCCCUACCCCCACCUUGCCUCCACCCCCAUCGGAGACAGACUUCAUGCUUCAGGUGUUUCAGCCCAGUCCCUCUCUGGUUCCUCGGAUGCCCUUCUCCAUUGGGCAGGUCACAAUGCCCAUGGUUAUGCCCAGUGCAGACCCCCGUUCCUUGUCUUUCCCAAUCCUGAACCCUGCCCUUUCCCAGCCCAAUCAGCCUUCCCCACCCCUUCCUGGCUCCCAUGGGAGAAAUAGCCCUGGCUUGGGUUCCCUUGUUGGCUCCCAUGGUCCACACAUGCCCCCUGCCGCCUCCAUCCCGCCUCCCCCAGGCUUGGGCGGUGUUAAGGCUUCUACUGAAACUCCCCGGCCCCAACCAGUAGACAAACUGGAGAAGAUCCUGGAAAAGUUGCUGGCUCGGUUCCCACAAUGCAAUAAGGCCCAGAUGACCAACAUUCUUCAGCAAAUCAAGACGGCACGUACCACCAUGGCAGGCCUGACCAUGGAGGAACUGAUCCAGUUGGUAGCUGCACGACUGGCAGAGCAUGAGCGAGUGGCAGCAAGUACUCAGCCACUUGGUCGGAUCCGGGCCUUGUUCCCUGCUCCGUUGGCCCAAAUCAGUACCCCAAUGUUCUUGCCUUCUGCACAAGUUUCAUAUCCUGGGAGGUCUUCACAUGCUCCAGCCACCUGUAAGCUGUGUCUCAUGUGCCAGAAACUCGUCCAGCCCAGCGAGCUGCACCCAAUGGCAUGUACCCAUGUGUUGCAUAAGGAGUGUAUCAAAUUCUGGGCCCAGACCAACACAAAUGACACUUGUCCCUUUUGUCCAACUCUUAAAUGAUGGACCUGAUUGGGGCAUAAGAAGAAGAGAAACUGAUGUGAACAGGAAGAGCGGGUUCAAGAUUUCUAAAACUCUAUAUUUAUACAGUGACGUAUACUCAUGCCAUGUACAUUUUUAUUAUAUAGGUAACGUGUGUAUAGAAAGUCUGUAUUCAAAUGUUCGUAAAUGAAGGUAUGUAUAUUAUGCAGAAAUGGUUUGUCCCCUUCAGCUUGCAAUUCCUUUAGGGGGAUGCAGAUUGUAGCUAAGAUGAUAUUUAGUUUGGCCUUGAAAUUAUGAUAUUCCUGCCUAAGGCUGUUUUCAAAUACAAUAUAAAAACCAUUAGGAAGCUGCUGUUGCUCUAAGGCUAUCCUGCUUUAAUUUGGCUCAACCACUAGUCCAUUUUCUUAAGGCUCAUGUAUGCAGAUUUGACCCCUGGUGCUCACCUGCUGUCCGACCAGAUGCCUUGCUUACUGGAAGCCUCUGGAAGCCUCAGUGUUGUUCUAGCAACUCUCUCCAAAUGGAUAAAAUGAGACUGAUUGAGGAAAAAAAAAUGUAACCCUAAUAGUUUGACUUUUCGUUGAGUAUU